CUUUAGAAGUCAGCAACACCACAUCAUCUGUGAAAAAGAACAGAUUCUCCUUUUGUUCACUUAUUUAUUUUCUGACCACCAGGAUUGUACUUCACAUCUGACGUUCUUUUUAUUUUUAUUUUUUUAACUCAUCACCUGUUGAGGAAGCAGAGAAUGCUGGCCAGAGUUUAUAUGCUGGAAAGGAAUAACUCUCUGGUCUGUGUCUUUGCAAGGUUGAUCUUUUACAACGAAAACUUGUCCUGAAUGUGUUCCACGGCCAACUAUGUUCACCCUCUGAGGAGAACCUGUGAGGUGUUAGCCACUCCAGGCAGGCUGUGUGGGGGAGUGUCCAUGUCCAAUAAUUUUUCUGGAGCCAGGUCUCAUGGAGCUCCUCAGGACACAGAGAUGGAUGUUGCUUGGCAGGAGCUGAUGGCCAUCACAGAGCUGCAGGAGUUUGAAGUCUCCAGUGCAGGCUCCUAUGAAACGGCACCGUACCAAACCAUGGAGCCCAUGGUCCCGAUGGGAGGAGACGAGAUGGCUCAGUCCCAUUCUGAAACUCCUCCUGUGGUUUAUGGGCUCAGCACUGCUGACGCUUACAAUGGAUGUUACCUUCAAGAGGUGCCUGUCCGUCACAGUGUCAGCAGCCACGCCGAGGCAGUGUACGGACACUCGGAUUCUCAACUCAAUCAAAGAAUGCACCCCAUCUCUUCUCACUCACAGCCCUCGCACGUGGCUCCGAGGGAACAAAUGAACAUGUUCGGUACCAACCAAGGGCACAGGCGGGUCAACGCUGGUCUCUCGCAGGAUCUACGUCGGCACAUGCUGUGGACUACACAUGGACAAAGCUCACACGCUCGCCCAGCUGAUGAUCUGGAGUCGGACUCUGGUCUGUCUCUGGGUUCUAGUCCUCCGCUGGCCUCUCCAGAUAAUCCUGUGAGCGGCGCACCAGGUUGCAAGAGUGUGACAUAUAGUGACGGAGAACCAGACAGCAUGGGUGACCACGCCAGAAGAGCACACACCCAUUACUCAAUGGACUACCAGAGUCAAGCGCACUCAUAUUCACACCCAGGUGCACAGCAAUCUUAUUUUUCAACCCAACCAACUUUAUCUCAACCUAGUGCUGCGAGUCUGUCAAUGAAACCGGAUCCGACCUCUCUGAGCAACCUGCACAUCGACUCUGGAGAGUCCAGCAGAGGGAGCUCACAAUAUAGCAUGUAUGCAAAACCACAAGGAAGUAUCUCAGCCCCAGCUUCAAUCAGCAGAGAUGAGCGGCAGGCCGUGUCUUUGAAGAUUCCCUUCCAAAUGGAGAAGAUCAUCAAUCUACCCGUGGACGACUUCAAUGAGCUCCUGACGCAGUAUACUCUGACGGAUACUCAACUGGCACUGGUCAGGGACAUUAGACGGAGAGGGAAGAACAAGGUGGCAGCUCAGAACUGCAGGAAGAGGAAGCUCGAGAGCAUAAUUCACCUUGAAAGAGAACUGCAGCAGCUGCAGGCCCAGAGAGAGCACCUCGCACAGCAAAGAGCAGAGUUCAAGCGCAGCUUGGCUUUUAUUCAAUGUCACCUUACAGGCCUUUAUUCAGAAGUAUUUUCUCACUUGAGAGAUGAGGAUGGACAACCAUACUCAAUAGAUGAAUAUGCUCUACAACAGACACCUGAUGGUAAAAUGUAUUUGGUACCUCAUGCAAUGAUGCAAAAGAGAGAGCAAUGCUGAUUUUUGGACAGUCGUGAUCUAAUUUCCUUAUGAAAGACUGCCGGAU